AUGUGCUUGCUCGCCACGGUCGCUGCUGCUGCCCCAGCCCAGCGCGACGCGAAGCCGACGCUCGAGUUCACUCGUCGCUUUAAGAGCCUUGCUGCGGGCCAGAAGCUUCCUGACAUCGACCGUGCGCGUGCUGCUGCACUCAAGCAUACCUCGAAGGCGAAGCGCGACGGCACCGUCAGUGUCACGAACGCGCAGGACACCUACACCGCCAGCGUUGGCGUCGGCUCCCCCGCCACCCAGUACACGCUCUUGAUUGACACGGGUAGCUCCAACACCUGGGUUGGCGCUGACCAGUCGUACACCCCCACGAGCACUUCCACGGACACUGGCAACACUGUCCAAGUCUCCUAUGGCUCCGGUUCGUUCUCCGGCGAGGAGUACACCGACACCGUGACCCUCGGCAGCGGUCUUACCAUUACCAAACAGUCCAUCGGUGUUGCCUCCUCCGCCCAGGGUUUCACUGGCGUCGACGGUAUCCUCGGUGUCGGCCCCACCGACCUCACGAGCGGCACCGUCUCCAACACGGACACCGUCCCCACCGUCACUGACAACCUCUACUCGGCGGGCACGAUCAGCACCGAGGUGCUCGGUAUCUACUACGCGCCUGCUGCUGGCUCUGACUCGACGGGCGAGCUGAGCUUCGGGAGCGUGGACACGAGCAAGACGACGGGCGAUGUUGCAUAUGUGCCCAUCACGAGCACGAGCCCCGCCAGCGAGUACUGGGGUAUCGACCAGAGCAUUAGCUACGGCUCGACGUCGAUCCUUAGCUCGACUGCUGGUAUUGUCGACACCGGCACCACGCUCAUCCUCAUCGCUUCCGAUGCCUACUCGACGUACCAGUCUGCGACCGGCGGUACCGAGGACCAGACUACGGGCCUGCUGACGAUCAGCUCGGACCAGUACAGCAGCCUCUCGGACCUCAACUUCGAGAUCGGCGGGACGACGUACGCGCUGAACGCGAACGCGCAGAUCUGGCCGCGCUCGCUCAACAGCGCGAUCGGCGGCACGAGCGGCGACAUUUAUCUCGUCGUGAGCGACAUUGGGACCGACUCGGGAUCGGGUCUCGACUUUAUCAACGGGUACACGUUCCUUGAGAGGUAUUAUUCGGUCUUCGACACGACCAACUCGCAGGUUGGGUUCGCGACGACUUCGAACACGGACGCGACUUCGAACUGA